AUGUCUAAGAGAAACUUUCAACGAUACUUAGAAGCUGAAAAGAAAUCAGUCAGUGCAAAAUGUAUAAAGGAUUCGGUAUUGCCAAAUGAAGUAAGGAUCAAUACAUGUUUCAAUAAUUUACCUGCUCAGCCUUCAUUAGUAAAUUCUUCUAUUGCAGUAACCAACGAAAUUACUUUAUAUCCAAAGCAAAUAGAUUCAAAUUUUUCGGAAAAUACAAAUAAUUUUAAUUGUGAUGCUAUAAUUCCUAAAAUUAUAUCAAAUAAAAAUAAUGUUACCCUUAAAGACAAAUUAUGUAAACUAAUAUCAGAUUAUCAUAUAUCUCACAAUUGUGUUAAUGAACUUUUACAAAUUUUGAGAUCUGAAGGCCUUGACUUACCAAAAGAUGUUAGAACUUUAGUGAAAACUCCAAAAACUCACGAAAUUAUUGAUGUGCAUCCAGGAUCUUACAUCCAUAUUGGUGUAGAGUAUAAUAUGAUAACACCUAUUUUAGUUGCGUAUUUUGACAAAAUAAAAUAUACUAAUCUAAUACGACUAAGUAUUUACAUUGAUGGCUUACCCAUCACCAAAAACUCCAAAUCUACCUUAUGGCCAAUAUUAAUUUCUUUUGUUAACAUACCCGAUUUAAUACAUAUUGUUUUGCCAGUAGGCAUAUACCAUGGAAAAUUUAAAAAACCUGUUUACUGGUAUUGUAAAACCCAAAGUUUCCAGAUUUAA